AUGCCCACACCAAGUGUCAUACCCAUAUCCAGUAUCAAACCCAGUACCCAGUAUCCAGUGUUAUACCCAUCACCCAGGGUCAUGCCCACCAAUACACCAGUACCACAGUCAUGCCCAGUACCCAGUAUCCAUUGUCCUACCCAUUAUCCAGUGUCAUGCCCAGCACCCAGUAUUAUACCCAGAACCCAGUAUCCAGUGUCCUUCCAGUACGCAGUGUCAUGCCCAACGCCCAAUAUCCAGUGGUUGCCCACCACCCAGUGUCAUGACCAGUACCCAGUAUCCAGUGUCCUACCCAGUGACCCAGUGUCAUACCCAGUACCCAGUAUCAUACCCAGAACCCAGUACCCAGUGCCAUCCCAAUCCCAGAGUCAUACCCAGUACCCAGAAUCAUACCCAGUACCCAGUGUCAUACCCAGUACCGUCAUAAUGCACCCCUUUUGCCCAGUACCCAGCAUCAUACGCAGUAUCCAGUUUCCAACCCAUUACCCAGUGUCAUGCCCAGCAGUGUCAUGCCCAGUACCCAGAACCCAUUGUCAUGCCCAGUACCCAGUGUCACCCAGUGUCGCCCAGUUCCGAGUAUUAUACCCAGUAUCCAGGCCCCACCAGUGCGAAGUGUCAUACCCACCCCAGUAUCAUACCCAGUACCCAGUGUCAUACACCUUACCCAGUAUCAUACCCAGUACCCAGUGUCAUAGAGAGUACCCAGUGUCAUACCCAUUACCACCCAGUGUCAUACCCAGUACCAGUGUCAUACACUGUACCCAGUGUUAUACACAGUACCCAGUGUCAUGCCCAGUACCCAGUGUCCGACCCAGUACCAAUGUCAUACCCAUUACCCAGUGUCAUACCCAGUACCCAGUGCCAUGCCCAUACCCAGUGUCAUGCCCAGUACCCAGUGUCAUAACCAGAACCCAGUAUCAUACCCAGUGUCAUGCCCAGUACCCAAAAUCAAACCCAGUACCCAGUAUCAUACCCAGAACCCAGUGUCAUGCCCAGCACCCAUUGUCACCUGGUACCCAGUGUCAUACCCAGUACCCAGUGCCAUGCCCAGUACCCAGUGUCCUACCCAGUACCCAGUAUCAUACACGCACCCAGCAUCAUACCCAGUGUCAUGCCUGGUACCCAGAUGUCAUACGCAGUACCCAGUGCCAUGCCCAGGACCCAAUGUCAUACCCAGUACACAGUGUCCUAUCCAGUACCAAGUGCCAUGCCCAGUACCAACAUCAUACUCAGUACCCAGUGUCCUACCUGCACCAGUGCCAUGCCCAGUACCCCGUGUUAUACCCAGUACCCAGUGUCCUACCCAGUACCCAAUGUCAUACACAGUACCUAGUGUCCCACCCAGUACUCAGUGUCAUACCCAGAACCCAGCACCAGUGCCAUGCCCACACCAUUGUCAUACCCAGUACUCAGUGUCAUACCCAGUACCCAGCCAUGCCCACACCAGGCAUGCCCAGUACCCAGUGUCACACUCAGUACCCAGUAUCCAGUGUCCCACCCAGUACCCAGUGUCAUACCCAGUACCCAGUAUCAUACCCAGAACCCAGUACCCAGUGCCAUGCCCAAUACCCAUACCCAGUACCCAGAAUCAUACCCAGUACCCAGUGGCAUACCCAGUACCGAGGUCAUACCCAGUACCCAUUUUCAUGCCCAGUACAUCAUACGCAGUAUCCAAAUUCCUACCCAUUACCCAGUGUCAUGCCCAGUACCCAGUACCUAUUGUCAUGCCCAGUACCCAGUGUCAUACCCAGUACCCAGUGA